AUGCAUGUACGUACAUUUCUUUACCUGUUAGCCAACGCGUUUGCAUGCAUGUCUGUGUUUCUGUGUGCCCGUGCUCGCUUCCCUCAUAAGUUUAUCUUGCCUUUCCGUUGCUGCAUUUUUAUGGGAAAAACUGCACAGUUGCGCGCUGGCAACGUAAUAAUAUCUUGA